UCGGUGUCCGGAGGGGCGGGAGGGAGGCCGGGAGGGAGGCGCGCCGGUGAAAGGGGCAUUGAUACAGCCUGCGGCGGCCUCGCAACGCGGCGGGGCCAGACUCUGAUCACGUCCCGGCGCCGCGUCUCCGCCUGGUGCUCCUGCUCCGCGCGUCCCGGGGCCGCCGCGCGCCAUGCGCCCCCACGGCCCCGCCGCCGCCUCCCCGCGGCGGCUCCUCGGCCUCCUGCUGCUCUUGCUGCUGCAGCUGCGGGCGCCGUCGAGCGCCUCCGAGAGCCCCAAGGGGAAGCAAAAGGCUCUGUUGCGGCAGAGGGAGGUGGUGGACCUGUAUAAUGGAAUGUGCUUACAAGGACCUGCAGGGAUGCCUGGGCGAGAUGGAAGCCCUGGGGCCAAUGGCAUUCCCGGUACCCCUGGGAUCCCAGGUCGGGAUGGAUUCAAAGGAGAAAAGGGGGAAUGCUUGAGGGAAAGCUUUGAGGAGUCCUGGACACCUAACUACAAGCAGUGUUCAUGGAGUUCACUCAAUUAUGGCAUAGAUCUUGGAAAAAUUGCGGAGUGUACAUUUACGAAGAUGCGCUCAAACAGUGCUCUGAGGGUUUUGUUCAGUGGCUCCCUUCGGUUAAAAUGCAGGAAUGCAUGCUGUCAGCGUUGGUAUUUCACGUUCAAUGGAGCUGAAUGUUCAGGACCUCUUCCCAUUGAAGCCAUCAUUUAUUUGGACCAAGGAAGCCCCGAACUCAAUUCAACAAUUAAUAUUCAUCGCACUUCUUCUGUGGAAGGGCUUUGUGAAGGAAUUGGAGCUGGAUUAGUGGAUGUUGCCAUCUGGGUUGGGACUUGUUCGGAUUACCCGAAAGGAGACGCCUCUACUGGAUGGAAUUCAGUAUCUCGCAUCAUUAUUGAAGAACUGCCAAAAUAAAUCCUUUAAUUUUCAUUCCCUACCUCUUUUUAAUUAAGCCUUUGAAGGGUUCAUUUUAGUGGCAUUUUUAUAUAAUUUUUAUGUAUACAUCUGAAUAAAAAGCAAAGCGAAACGUG